AUGAAGAGGAAAGAGUUUGGACCACUUUUCUCUUCAGAUGUAGUAGGAGGAGGAGGAGGAGGACUAGGAUUAAAGAUGAGGAAUCAUCAAUUCAUGAUGUUCCUCUGUCUAUUGUUUGUCUCCUCUAUUCAAUGUAUAACGCCACCUAGCAGCAACUUCAACAGUCACAAUGGAGGAUUGUCAAAGUUAAAUUGUCAUGAUCUUGGUUUCACUGAUUCAUUGUUAUGCUCUUCUUGUACAGAUUUUGAAGAGUUUGUUGCUGAUCCAAGUUUAGUUGAAGAAUGUAAAAAUUGUUGUGCACAAGAAGCCAAGACAGAGAAGGUAAGACAUUCAUUAUCUCUCUAUUUUCUAUUUAUUUACUAA